AUGAAAUUAAUUUUAUUUUGUGCAUUGUUAUUCCUAUUAUGCAAUUCUUAAUAAACAGAGAAUGAAUCAAAUUUAUUUAUUGCUACUGAAUAAAUUAAAUAUAAAAACAUUGGACUAGGAUUGAUGAGAAAUAUUGAAGGUAUAUCUGAUAAUUUUGAUGAAAUUCUUUAAGGUGAAAAUGAUAUAUUAAUAUAAAAUGACAUAAAUGAGAUAUUAUGA